CCAGCUCAGCCCAUGCACGUUGCUGGGGGAAGCAACCAGCACCCCGAUCCUCCAGUGCCCAGCCGCACCGGGCUGUGCCGUGGCUCCAAUGCCUCACGGAGGGCUCGGUGGGAGAGCUCUGCCCCAGGGCACUGCUACUGCUGUCGCUACGGCCUUGGCUGCCGAUGCUCCAGCUCUGCAAGGUCACUCCCUCGCUGCUCAUCAGCAGCGCCAGGGCAGCCUGUGACAAGGAGCUGCUCACACAGGAGGGAGUCACCUUCUGCAUUAAUGUCACCAGGCAGCAGCCUUUCCCCGAGCUCCAGAGGGUGCGGGGCAUACGAGUUCCUGUGUUCGACGACCCGGCUGAAGACCUCUAUCAGUAUUUCGAGCAGUGCAGCGAUGCCAUCGAAGAGGCUGUUAAGAGCGGUGGGAAGUGCUUGGUUUAUUGUAAGAAUGGCCGCAGCCGCUCAGCUGCCAUUUGCACUGCUUAUCUGAUGAGGCACCGAAAGCUCCCCCUCAAGGAUGCCUUUGAGACUGUGAAGACUGCCAGGCCAGUAGUAGAACCCAAUGCAGGAUUUUGGUCUCAGCUGCAGAGAUAUGAAGAAGAUUUGAAGAUACCAAAGCAGCCUGAUCUGCUGAGCAAAGGACUUAAAACCAGCAACGUGUGAAGAUUUUUUAAUGAGAGUUCAGUGGCUUGCUGCAGGUUGAAAACACUAAUAAUAAUCACUUCAUGUACACCUACACAUAAAAUG